GGUAGGUAUGUAGUCCCCGGGUGCUGUACACUAGCUGCCCACUGCUCAUAGUACUAGACUCCUGGUACUAGGAUGGGUUAAAAGCAGAGAACACAUUUCACUGUGUGUGCUGUGUGCUCUGCAUGUGCGAGCAUUAAAGAGGGUUUCAUCCCUCCCAUUCUUCUAUUCUAUAGUUAGCUCAUUUCUACAAGCUGUUGUGGUAUAAAGGGAAUGUCAACAUAUCUAACAGAAGACUCCCCACUAUAGCUUUAAACCAACACAUUACCCUCUAUAAUGAAUGGGAAUGUAAAUGUCUCCACUGUGGGAGGUAUUCUGAUUCUGAACCCUUUAUUCCAGUCAGCACAUCAUCAGUCAUUUUCCACUCCGCUGCAGCCAAGCAGAUAUCUGCUCCAAUAUCUCUGCUGCUCACAGUCUAGACACACUCUCUGCUAGCAUUAUAUUACAGUAUGACUGUGUGCUGUUAUAUCUGCUGUAAUCUCUCUGUGUGUGUGUGUGUGUGUGUGUGUGUGUGUGUGUGUGUGUGUGUGUGUGUGUGUGUGUGUGUGUGUGUCUCAGGGAGCUACUGCCAGCCUACAGAUGAUGCUGAAGAGAAACAAUGAGCAGGUGCAGCACAGCGUGACGCAUCUCCACGACCUGCUGAUCUCACUCCAGGCUGUGGUGGUGCAGCAGGACUCCUUCAUCGAGGACCAGCGGCAGACCCUGAACGAGCGGCUGGUGGCCAACUCUUCCAGACACUCGUCGUCUUCCUCCCUCUCCUCCUCUUCCUCCUCCCGGCCCUCCUCCCUCAUCGAGCAGGAGAAACACAGGAGCCUGGAGAGGCAGCGCCAGGAGGCGGCCACCCUGCAGAAGCAGCAGGCUGCACACCAGGAAGAGAAGAGGAAGAGAGAGAAGGCCUGGGACAUGAAGGAGAGAUGUCUGGCAGAGCGAGAGGAGAGGCUGCAGGCGGAGGAGGAGCAAAGCAGGAAGAGGCACCAGGAGCUGGCCGAGGAGGCGGAGACGCUGCAGAGGAAGAAAGAGGAGUACCAGGGAGAGCUGGAGAGGCUGAGGGAGGCGCAGAGGAGGCUGGAGAGAGACAAGGACGCUCUGAGGAGAGACACGGAGCGACUGGAGGACCUGCAGAGAGAAGAGUCGGAGCAGCUUCAGAAGUACCAGCGGACCCCCUCCACCACCUCUGAAGACUCCAUGAGGUCCCACAGCACCUGGUCUCUGGAUCUAGAUUCAAAAGAAGCAGCAGAACAGCUUAAAGGGGUUGAGCUCUCAUCUUCGGCCCCCGCCAAAGAACCUUUCCUCCGCAUCGGAUCCAAGAGGAUGGGCAAACACUUCAACCCCUUCUCCUCGUCCUCCUCCUCUAAGCCUCAGGGAGCAGAGAAGGAGUCCCAGCUGCCCCGGCUGCUGCAGCUGACCAAACCUAAAGAGAAGAAAGACAAGAGGAAGAAGAAAGGCAAAGGAGAGCUGACUCCCACGGAAAGCAACGCUACAGUCAUGUCGGACCCUCAGAAUGAUGGAGACAUCUUCUUCUGCUGAGAACCUGGACCACCAUGCACCUUCCUGAGGAGCCACACUGCAGGCCUCGCAGCAAACAGGACGCCUUAUCCCUCUUUUUGGAUUUAAAUUGUCCGCCUGUCAGACACAAUGGACAGUCUGACUUACUUGCGUGUGUUCCAGGUAAAUAGAAGUUUUGGCCUCCGCCAGGGGACACCAGAGGACAUGAUGGUGAGCCGAUGACUGUCAUUCACAAGUGCCAACAAUUUCCCCGACAAGCUUCCAGCAGUUCAGAGAUGUGACGCAAAGCCAUGGAUCAAUGUGACGACACCAAUUGGAAAGUGUCAUGUGAUAGACCAAGUCACAUGGUGCCUCAAGGCUUUCAAAUGUAGCUUUAACAUGAACCAACCAUAGAGUGGUGCAGGGAUGACGUAUUUUUGUAGGCAGAAAUGGAAGUUAGCAUCACAAGGGCUCCCUUGACAAAUAGCUAACGGUAAUUUUCCAUUGGAUUUUGGAUUAUUGCAGAAAAUAAGCUCUGUGGCAAACACACUUUUAUGAUAAUUACAUGUUUUUUUAGCAUAAUAAUCUCUACAUAUUAACCCCACUUUACCACCACUUCUGAAGCGUAAAUGCAGUCACGAAAAGUAAAAAAAGCAUCGCUAAGCUAAAGGCGGCUAACGUUCGACUUUAUGACGUUAAGUCGCCACUUGUUAGCAAACAUUGUGGUAUUUAAUGGCAUAUCUUAUGUCGUAGAACAAAACGUGAACAUCUCUUAAACUGGUGUUAAUCACAGACUUUAUUUCAGACUUCUUAACACAUUAAAAAAAACGUUCACUUUGAGACAAAGUGCUAAGAUUCGCUUUAUUUCCGUGUUUGAAGACUUAUUCCUGCACCGCUGUAUGACUGCCAUUUCUUUCAAGUAUCGCUAAUGCUAACUCUGAAUGUUUGUGAUGCUAGCGGCUCCUCAGCUUCAGUGAAGUUCCACUGGCUGAACCUUUAGUCUAAAGUGUGAUUUGUGUGUCACCACAUUUGCUUUAACUCCAGUUUUAUCUGUCAAGCUGUCAGAUAUGAGGGAGUAACAGUCGCCACGCCUCAUUGCUCACUGUCCACACUGUGCAGAGGUCAGUGUGUCCACAGACAAUCAACCAAUCACAGGUCAGUCACAGAGGGACACGCUCUGCUUAUAGUGCCUUACGUCUGAUAUCUAGAUAUAGAUAUAGUCUGCGAUGACUCAUGCUCAAAGUGUACAUUCUCAGAUAAUCACCUCCAAUAUGUAGACAUCACUCCUGUGGGAUAGGUGGUGUAUGAAUUUAGCUCCGUGUGAGCCCUGCAGAAGAAUCAGUGCUCAGCUUUAAUCGUCUCAGUGUGACAAUCACUUCAGCUCAACAGGAUCAGGAAUACAAAGAUUUUAACAUGCACUUUAUAUACAUGAGUAUUUUCUUCUGUCAUUUCCUAAUUAUUGAAUCAGAAUUGUUUAAGUAAUCUGGUACUUAUUACAGGGAAAAUGGGAAGCUCCUUGAAAGUCUGACAUCACAGUGUGUGUGUGUGUGUGUGUGUGUGUGUGUGUGUGUGUGUGUGUGUGUGUGUGUGUGUGUGUGUGUGUGUGUGUGUGUGUGAAUGUUGGCUUGUGUUGUUAAGCGCUUUUCAAAUUAAACAUUUUAUUGUCUCUACGUCAAACCCCUCAAAGUCCUUAAAGAUUCUUUUUUUUAUUUUCCGCUCUACAUGAUUAUCUCUCAGGACUUCAGGGGCUCCGUACUGUAUGUAUGCUUGCUUCUACAUUUCACAUAUUUUUACAUUUUUGCAUGUCCAUUUAAUUGAAGUUAAUUAUUAAGAAGUGUACCAUUUGGACAUUGGUUUCCCGAUGAUUAGUAUGACACUGUUGUUUGUAGUAAAAGCCCUACUAAAAGACUAUUUGGAGAAGACAGAAUUAUAAGCAUUACCCAUAAAAA